CCUCAGAAGAGAGAUAUGAAUACAACCGUAUCAUACCGUACCGCAAUACAAUGUAUUAUUUUUUGUGCUGCAAUCUUACGGUGGAAUACAACGCAUUUCUUUUCUAUUAAGCUCUAGCAGAGGAGAACAAGGACGAAAACAGAAAACAGCCCGUAUGACAGCAGGAAACAUACCGAAUAUCAUUGUAUCAACAACAGAAAUAAACAGCAUCAACCAAAACCAAGACCAAUCGCAAUUAUCAAAAGCGAUACAGAUGGUAGAGAACGACGAUGAUGCCAAUGUAUUCGACGCAACAAUCUCACCACUACAGCAACAACAAUUAUGACAAUUACAGUCACCAACACCAUGCGCAGCAGCAUGGCGCCAACGACGACUACACCGAUCGACCAAAAGAAGACCCGAAGAAAGUCGACGUCCUCCUCGCCGAAGAAUUGCUGAAGCUUUCCUGCAAGGAACGAAACGACAUCCAGGAGGAAGUCCACGGCGUGGACUGCCUGGCACGGGAAGAAACCCCGGAGCUGCUGGAAGCCUCCCUGGAACAAAUGGCGCGGGCACUCGAGGAUAAUCGCAUCACGCCCUUCCACACGAAGGAAGCCCUUCGCAGGGCACGGGUCCUCUUUCCUAACAGCUACGUCCACACCCGGGACUUUCGCCUCCGGUUCCUGCGCAACACUCUGUUCGAUCCAAUCUGGGCCGCGAAGAAAGCCGCCGACUACCUGAGGAUCGCGGGCGACAUCUUUGGCGAGAAAGCCCUGGAGCGGCCCAUCCUGUUCAGCGACUUUACCGCGAAAGAAAAGCAAUACAUUCGCAAGGGGCACUGCCAGUUUCUGCCGUUUCGGGAUCGGAGCGGCCGGAGGAUUCUGGCGGUGGUAAACCCGACCUUGUAUACCGGAGAUUCGGAGCGACCCCUACAGCAAAUGAGCCGAGAGGAAAGGGUAAGAACAAAACAAAACAAAACGAAACGAAACGAAACGAAACGAAACGAAACGAAACGUACAAAAAUUGGACGGAGUGGACUGUUGGUGUUCAACUACAGAACGAUGUUUGCGCUGCUGCUCAACACAAGAACAAAACUCAGUUGCCAUUUUUUGCUCGGCUUUGUUUUCUUCGCUCUUGCACUCCAUCCAUCCAUUGCAUCCGCCGUCUGGGAAAUGUAUCAAACAUUACACUGUGGUAUCUUGACAAAUUUUUGCAGGACGAUAGCAUGUUUUUUAUGCAAGCCAAGCUAUUGAUGUAUAUGGUCUGGACGGCUGGCUACGACAUCGAAACGCAGCGCAGAGGCAUCGUUUACCUGUGCUGGUUGGAUCCCACGCACCAGCCAAAACAAAAUUUCAAUCUUUCCGUGGGGAUUCCCCGGCUAAACAUGACGUCUGUUUUUACGGUGAGAGCGAGUGCCGUUCAUACUUGUUCACCCGACCGGCCCUUCUACCGGUUCUUUCGAAACCUGCUCAUUAUUGGAUCGACGCAAGCCAAUCGACCUAAGGUUCGGUUCCAUCUUGGUAAGCAGACAAAGUAUGCGCCAUGACAUCCCAAAGGUGGAACUCAUAUUGUACCACCUAGCGUACGGGCGGGAUUUGCAAUGCACCAUGCCAGAGCCUCACGAUCGCAUUUGUUUCUGCCGAUUCCAUCAACUCACGUCUUAUUGUUUCUCGGCUACCCCGUAGGGACAUCCAUUGAGGUCCGCUACAAAUUACGAGCUUUUGGCAUUCCAACAGAGCAUAUACCCGUAUCGGUGACCGGAACAAUAAAGACCGGGUACGUGAAGCAAUGGAUGCAUGCCAGAGAAGUCAUCGAACAAAAUUAUUUCAUGAACAAUUCCAAUGUCACCAUCGUCGAGUGCCCAAGACUGGACGAUGUGUUGUUCCGGCACGGCAUAUCGUUUAAUUCCAAUCCCGGAAAUGCUGCCGUUCGUCGAUUGAUCAUUAACACAUACAAAGAACAAGAAAUUGUCAAAAUAAAGCGACGGAAAAUGGUACUCGCCAUCAUUGAGGACGUCCGGAAAAAUGGCGGUCGGUUUCUAGUGUGGAACGACGAGGGCUGGUGGAACGAACUCUUGGAUUUCGACGAUAUGAUCAUGGCGAAGGUCGAGUACAUCAUCAAAGACGUCCGAAGAGAGAACCGGAUCUCCAUUCGUCAACAACAACAACAGCUCAAAGUUAGCAGCAGUACAUCGAUCUUUUGUUCCGCUUCUACGAAUGUUCAAAUUCCUAGCAGCGAUGAAGAGGACGGAACAAGUGAUCGAAAUUGCAAUUGCUCGGGAUUGAUGCUACCUGCAAUGCGGAGGAGGUAGAUACGAAUUUCAGCAACGCGGCAACGGAAUGAUCCGAUGCGAUACCGCCUUCCAUCGUACCAUCCCGAUACCAGCAACCAUACCCUGCAGGAUUAUAUUGCGUCUGUUUUGAUGAAGAGGAGUAUGACAUUUCCAUGCAUCACCAACGCUUUGGAAACCAUACCGUCUUGGUGUGCUAAGCACCACACAAAAAGGAGUAUGACAUUUCCAUGCAUCACCAACGCUUCGGAAUCCAUACCGUCUUGGUGUGCUAAGCACCACAAAAAACCGACAACCCCGAAAGCGCCACGAUCUCGCUCCUGCUACACUAGUGCGCGUUCCUCCAGGACCACCUUAUUCUUAGCGUGCGCGCUCUCCUCUCUUAUUAGAGUACAGUAGGUCCUAAUUUCCACUAUCGUACAAAUCAUGGUUCUGUAGUAAGGAUAAUGUUGCAGAAACAUUUCGCAAGAGAAACAUGUUCUCAACAACAACAAUUAUUGGACAACGUUCGACAGAAUACCGCUUUUUCAGCUGUGGUGAAUUUUUUAUUUUCUCGGGAGCAUUUACUUUCAUGUGUAUCCAUUGGAUCAAAUUUCCUCUAGCAUGAAACAACCAUAAAAUAGACAAAAAAGCUUGUC